AUCAGAGUACGCACGUACGGAAAGGAAGAAACGGACCAGUGUGGACACCUGACUCUCCUUUAUGAAUCCAUAGCUACAUUAGGCUUUUGACAUAAAAGGUUAUUAUAGACAACCAGCAUGUCUUUCUGCCAGUUUUUCGGCGGUGAGAUCUACAAGGACCACUUCAAACCAGGUAUCUAUGUCUGCUCCCAAUGCAGCCACCCUCUGUUCUCCAGUCGCUCCAAGUUCGCUCACUCAUCUCCAUGGCCUGCCUUCACCGAGACCAUCAGAGAGGACAGUGUCACCAAACACAUGGAGAGCCUGACUGCUUUCAAGGUUUUGUGUGGCAAAUGUGGUAACGGACUUGGGCAUGAGUUUGUAAACGAUGGCCCUAAAGAAGGAGUGUCUAGAUUUUGAAUAUUCAGUCACUCACUCAAGUUUGUCCCCAACAAAGGGAACAAGCGGUAAAGAGUGAGCAGACGGUUGCACACUUUGAAUUCUGCUGCUCGUCCAGGACUGGAGCACAGGAGGUCAGGGAGUGAUGAGGGCAGGAUAAAGGCCUGAAGGACAUCCUGUCAGCUGAAGAGUCUGACCCUCUGUGACCCCAGAAAAGGACCACAUUUCAUUAUAUUUUGGGCAUUUUACGUUCCAUUUUUUUUCAUUGACGAUUUUUUUUUCAUGGUUAUAUUUUUAAUUUGAGGAAGUAGCGAAAUUCAAAUUGGAUGUGGAAGUAGUGCUAUAAGAUUGUUAACCUGCAGAGUGAUGCUGAGGUUGUGAGUUCGAGCCUUACCUUGAGUGAAGCUAGCCACUAUUCUUAGUUUCACUUCUUAACCCUCUGUAAAGUGAAAGUCAGCGGUACAAAUGGACUUUGAAUAACUUGCCAAUUACAUACAGAAACUGUGAAUCAAAAUGCAAUUGACAUAUAGGCAGCGGAACAUGCUCCAGUGGUGCAAUUGCUCAGAGUGCGGUGCUUAUAAGACAGUACCCUGCAAAGUGAUGCAGAGGCUGAGUUCGAGCUUCACCUGGAGCAACACAUUUACACUCUUAAAACAGCUUCCAUUGUGUAUAGUUUAUAUGCAAAUAGAUUUGUGGCUGCUUCUUGGUUAUGUCAACAGGCUAAUAUACUUGAAACAACCUCUCCAUGUUCUGUACACGUUAAUGCAAAAUACACUAUGCUGGUGUGUAGCUCCAGUGGUGCAAUCGGUCAGCACUACUUGUGUGACAGUAACCUGCAGAGAGAUACUGAGGUUGUGAGUUCCAGCCUCACCUGGAGCAAUACCACUGAGAGUUAAUAAUGUAUUAAUUUUAAAUUGUACAAAAUAAAAAUCUGUUUUCUUUAGAUUAGUUAAUCACAUUAAUGACACCCACUGUUCCUGUUCCACUCAUGUUACCCUGACAUAAAAGACCAUUCAAAUUCUACUAAUAGAGGAAUUUUAAUAAGCAAAUUAUAAUUUUGCUAAAUAGUGAUGGGGAUCAUUUUAUUGGCACAGCACGUUGUAUGAGGCGUAUGAUUUGAACAAAUAAUCUUCAUCAUCUUUCAUCAUUUUCUUUUCAGUGUUUCUUUUCCGAUUUUCAUUUUAUAGACCAGCCCUUCAUAAAUUCCGUUUUAAUUACGCACAUGUGCUCCAGUGGCGCAAUCGGUUAGCGCGCGGUACUUAUAAGACAGUAACCUGCGGAGUGAUGCCGAGGUUGUGAGUUCGAGCCUCACCUGGAGCACAGCAUGAGUAUGUAUUUUUAAGUUUACCGUCUAUGCAAUGAUUUUAUUUUGUGACUACAUGUAUACAAAAACACACUUUACAUAGAGGCCUAUUUAUUUGUUGUCCCAUUAAAUUAUAUAUUUCCAAAUGCUGUUAAAGUCUCUAAAAUCUGUCUAUGCUACAAAUAAACUCUAUUUCAGUAA